AUUUAGGGUUGAAAGACGUUUCUCGGUCUCUUCUGCUCGCAAUUUCUCUUGAGCAAUUCGUCUUUCGACUUGGUAUUUUUAAAAAGAGUCACAAAAUCGGAAAUUUCGAGCUCUGAAUUCGGAACCAGUGAUUUUUUGACCAGCUAAGGAAUUAGUUUGGAAAAGCAACGAAAGAAAAUGGGAAGCAGAGGUAAUCGUGUAGGAGAAAGGUGGAAUCAGAUGGAUUGUGAUGAGAAAUCGAGCGUGAUUCAGGAAGAGAUCAAAAGGGUUUGUAAACUUCCUUCAAACAGUGUUUAUGCAGUUCAUCGUCUCAAGGUUCUCAACAAAAUCAACGAGCUUUUAUCUGUCCAAAGAACGUUGUCUCAAGAGAAGGAGUUAGAGUUGCUCUUCACACAGCUCUCUCUGUAAAAAUCAACAUUUUGAUGUACUAUGUUGUGCCCCCCGUUUGGGAUUAUACGUCGGUCUAUUUACUAAUGUAAUUUUAACAUUUUUACUCAACAUUGCUGGUUGAUCAAUGAUAUGGUGUUUCUGGGUUCCUUAAGGACAUGUGUAAAACUGCAAACGUUUCUGCAGUGCAGUGUAUCUCAACUCAAAUAAUCAAUUUGUAUAGCAUGUGA